AUGUCGAAACUUCAAGACGUCCGUAAGACCUUCGCCAACGAAGGAAGACAGGCUGCUCGCCAGUACCGCCAGGCCGUCGUUUCCGCCAGUGCCUGCCCUCCCGCAGCCACAUGGAAUAGGGAGCCGAUAACGAUGGCUGCCAAGAGGGUCUAUUCGACCAAAAAGCAGGCAGCUCUAGAAGCGCGCAUGCACGGUGCCGGGUCAAGCCCCGAGGCCCUCGGCCUCUGCUUAAAUCCCUUGGCCAUGCUUAUCUCCUACGAGGGACGUCUGACUCUGUAUGACUUCCUGUUGAGGCGUAGGACUGACAAAGAGUUAAUGGACAUCGCCAUUGACAUCUGCGUCAAGGUGAGGGAAGUCCAUCAGAAAGACAUCAUUCACAAUGACCUGAAACAGGACAACAUCAUAGUCGACGAGUACCGGAAGGUGCAUCUGAUUGACUUUGGUAACGCUGUCAAAAUUGGAGAACCGUUCUGCUACUAA